AUGCCUGCAGGGCCAGUCGGGCGACGCGGCGAGCGAUCGGUGAUCUUGACCCCUGCACGGCGCGACGGAGCCAUCGCAGCAGCUGAGCUGCGCCGGCUUCGCGCCGUGGAAAGUGCGAAGGAGGGAGAUCAGAAGGAGGUCCUUCUCAAGUCCCUGCUCUACAGCCAGGACUCCAUCAUGGGCCUCUUCGGUGACAGAAAAAGGCGACUGAAGGAAACGCGCAAAGGUCUCUCUGAAGGUUCCAUCAAGCUCACCGAUAUCCCCGCGAUCUCGGUGAUCAGACAAGGCGAAGGCGUCGUGUCGGCGGACAACAGAAGGCUGUGGGUGUUUAAGCACUGCGGCAUGCCCCCGAACACGCGCAUCCCGGUCAUCGUUAAGAAGACGAUGGACGCGAACUUCCGGAGGAAGUCCACUUCGAAGACAGGUGGCCUGACUGUAGCCCAGCGCGGCAACCAGGAUCAGUUCUAA